CGCUCCCUGCAGGGCGAGUUCGUGCACGACGACGUGUGGGCGAUCGUGAACAACCCCGACCUACGGCCCGGCACCCCGCUCCGCUGGAGCAUCUUCACGAACGACUUCUGGGGCAAGGGCAUGGCCGAGAACACCAGCCACAAGUCCUACCGGCCGCUCUGCGUCCUCACCUUCAAGCUAAACAUAUUUUUGACUGGAAUGAACCCAUUUUACUUUCAUGCAGUGAAUGUAAUUUUGCACUGUCUGGUGACUCUUGUGCUGAUGUACACCUGUGAUAAAACUGUCUUCAAGAAUCGUGGACUCGCUUUUGUUACAGCAUUGCUCUUUGCUGUGCAUCCUAUUCACACAGAGGCGGUAGCUGGAAUUGUUGGCAGAGCUGACGUAUUAGCGUGCCUGCUGUUUCUGUUGGCCUUUCUCUCCUACAACAGGAGUGUGGACCAGUGCUGUGUUGGGGAGUGUUUCCCUUCCACGGCCUCUCCUUUCUUCUUGCUGCUCGGUUUGUUUCUGGGGACCUGUGCAAUGCUGGUGAAAGAGACGGGCAUCACAGUGUUUGGAGUGUGCUUGGUUUAUGAUCUCUUUUCUCUAUCCCACAAGCAAGAGAAAUCGAGCAAUGGGGUCAUCCCUCAGCGCAGCCCCCAGCAACCGGGGAGCCCCCAGCCCUCACUGCCAGCGCACCCCCUCCGGCAGAAUGGGAAGCAGCAGCGGUUCCCUCACAAAGGAGCCUGGAGUGGCUGCCACUCCCCAUUGCCACCAGAACCCAAGAGCAGUGGAUUCCCGGUGUCUCCUCGAGCUGUGUGGUCCAUGAUGAGGUAUCUGACUGCAAGCAGUAAUAGAAAUUUUCUGCUUACCAUGAGGCCAUUCUUAAAAAGGGCCAUUUUGGUCAUAAGUUAUGUGAUUGUUGUGUUGUACUUCCGCCUGUGGAUGAUGGGAGGAUCGAUGCCCCUCUUUUCAGAGCAAGAUAAUCCAGCUUCAUUCUCCCCUUACAUUCUCACAAGGUUCCUUACCUAUUCCUACCUCUUGGCCUUCAACGUGUGGCUUCUGCUUGCACCUGUUACCCUGUGCUAUGACUGGCAGGUCGGCAGUAUUCCUCUGGUAGAGACCAUCUGGGACAUUCGGAAUUUAGCCACCAUCCUUCUGGCGGUAGUGAUGGCCUUACUGAGCCUGCAUUGUUUAGCCGCCUUCAAGAGAUUGGAGCACAAGGAAGUUUUGGUGGGCUUGUUGUUCCUGGUUUUCCCGUUCAUCCCAGCCAGUAAUCUCUUCUUCAGGGUGGGUUUUGUGGUGGCCGAGAGAGUCCUUUACAUGCCCAGCAUGGGCUACUGCAUCCUUUUUGUGCAUGGACUGAGCAAGCUCUGCACUUGGCUAAAUCGAUGUGGAGCCACCACCCUGACCGUGUCCACUGUGCUGCUGCUGCUGCUUUUCUCCUGGAAAACUGUAAAGCAGAAUGAAAUCUGGCUGUCAAGAGAGUCCCUCUUCAGGUCUGGAGUUCAAACUCUGCCCCAUAAUGCCAAGGUUCACUACAACUACGCAAAUUUCCUGAAGGAUCAAGGUCGGAACAGAGAAGCAAUCUACCACUACAGAACAGCCCUCAAGUUGUAUCCACGCCAUGCAAGUGCCCUGAACAACCUUGGAACACUGACGAGGAACACAGCAGAGGCAAAGAUGUACUAUCAGAGGGCUCUCCAGCUAAAUCCACAGCACAACCGGGCUCUGUUCAAUCUUGGGAAUCUCCUCAAGUCCCAGGAGAAGAAAGAAGAGGCUGUCACUUUACUGAGAGAUUCCAUUCGGUAUGGCCCGGACUUUGCAGAUGCGUAUUCAAGCCUCGCUUCAUUGCUGGCUGAGCAGGAGAGAUUUAAGGAAGCUGAGGAAAUGUACCAGGCUGGAAUAAAGAACUGUCCAGAUAGCUCAGACUUACACAACAACUAUGGAGUUUUCUUAGUUGAUACUGGAUCUCCCGAGAAGGCAGUGGCCCAUUACCAACAGGCCAUCAAACUUAGCCCGAGUCAUGACGUGGCCAUGGUGAACCUGGGGAGGCUCUACAGGUCCCUGGGAGACAACAGCAUGGCUGAAGAGUGGUACAAACGCGCCCUGAAGGUGGCACGCAAAGCGGAGACCCUGUCGCCUUUGGGAGCACUAUUCUACAACACGGGCCGUUAUGAAGAGGCCUUGCAGAUUUACCGGGAAGCUGCGGCACUUCAGCCUUCUCACCGGGAACUCCGCCUGGCCCUGGCUCAGGUUUUGGCCAUGAUGGGUCAGACGAAAGAAGCUGAAAAGAUGACCAAUCACAUUGUAUCAGAGGACACUGGAUGCCUUGAAUGCUAUCGCCUGCUGUCAGCAAUCUACAGCAAGCAGGAGCAGCACAACAAGGCACUUGACUCUAUAGACAAGGCUCUCCAGCUGAAACCAAAGGACCCAAAGGUCAUUUCUGAACUUUUCUUCACAAAAGGAAAUCAACUAAGAGAGCAGAACCUUCUGGACAAAGCUUUUGAGAGCUAUAAAGCUGCUGUGGAACUAAAUCCAGAUCAAGCACAGGCCUGGAUGAACAUGGGUGGAAUCCAGCACAUCAAGGGAAACUAUGUGUCUGCAAGAGCUUAUUAUGAGCGAGCCUUACUGUUGGUUCCAGACAGCAAACUGCUGCAGGAAAAUCUGGCCAAAUUGGAUCGCCUAGAAAAGCGAUUACAAGAAGUUCGAGAAAAGGAUCAACCAUAGCAGCAUUGGCUGUCGUCUGGAGGGACGGUUGCUGGUGCCUCUGGAGGAGGAAGAAGUGAUGGAGGCCUUGCUGUCACAUCAGCAGGACAACCAACGGAGCUUGCCUCUCACUCCCAGUCCAGGGGGCACAUUUGGAGACACUCGCUGGUAACCGUGUGCUGUGGGACUUGCAUCUCCAUGAAAAAAAAAAAAAAAAAAGAUAAAAAAAAAGAGCAAGCAAGAGCAAGAAGGCCGGAGAGGGAAGGAAUACAACAGCAUUUUACAGAUUUUUGUUGUUGUUGUUGCUUUAACUCCAAAUUUCCCUCCAUAUAUUUCUCUGCUUUUGCAACCCAGAGAUCUGGUUCUCUCUCUUAGUUUAAGCUUUUUAUGUCCCAGAAAUGCAGAAAUUAGAAAUGCCAUGAAGUCAGAUCUUUGCUUCUUAAUGGGAUAUUUCAAAGAGGAUAAUUCCUCUGAGAUAAGCCAUUUGGGAAAUUCUACCAAGAGGUGGCUCAUUUAAUUCUCCAGAACCAGAAAGGAGUAUCAAAUAAUUUUUUGUAGAACCUUCCAGAAUAUGUGGAGAAAGGGGCUGUUGUUAAGUGAGCUUGUUCUAAUAUUCCCCUAAAGAUAUUGCUAGAGCCCUACAGAAUAGUAAAUUAAAUUCCACUCUGAUGCAAGUUUUUUCCCAUCGCCUAACAUAUAAAAAAGGAAGCUUCUGGAAUUAUGUAUGGAUAUUCUUACCCCUAGGGGAAAGUCAAGAAUCUUGGUCCCCCUAAUUCUUUAUGGAAAAUUUAAAAUUUAUUACAAGUAGAGUAGUAGUUCUGCUCUAAGAUUUCAAAAGUACUUUUAAAAUCAUAAAUGUCCCUGCCUCCACAUAUAUUAUUAUUUUGGUGAAGAAAAAAUAGUAUAUUCUACAUAAGAAUUAUUAAAGAUGUUAACUGAGAGAAAUGUUCUACUUUAUUAUUUUAACAUUUAGACAUCAUGAGAUUCAUUAUUUUUUGAAAAAUAUAUUUAACCACCUAGGAAUCUUUACAGUAUAUCACAGAAAUCUUCAUAGACUAUGGACUAAAUGGAAAGAGAGCUUUAUUAUUUUGUCUUCCUAGGCUCAAUGAGAAUUCUGUGCUUAGAAUGCGAGUGAUGUAAACCCAGAAUUCUUGGUUCUGUAUUUGUAAUUUUGGAGAAUUCAUAGAGAAUGCUCAAAAAAAUCUAGGAAAAAAUUCUAAAUUUAUAAUUUAAAAAAAUAUAUUUAUAUUUUAAAAUAAGGAAGGCAAAGUUGAACUUAUCAAUUGACAUUUGCUUUUUAGUGUUAUUUAUUCAUAACUUAUAAAAUAUUUAAUAUAUGUACACACACAGGUUUUUUUUUCAUUGUACAUAGUUGUUUUAAUAACAGCUUUUAAAACCGACCAUACGAGCAUUAUAAAUCUAAAUUGCAAACAGUUAAGUUUUAACAGCGCCUCAAAAAAGUUGCACUGAUUAUUCACUUGCUAAAGUUAACGAAAUUGGGGCUCAGCCUCUUCAGGGUUUGGGGUAGUAGGAUAUUUGGUAUAUAUUUUGAAAUUGGAAUACCUGGUUUUAAUUUGGUCAUCAUCGUAAAAAAUUAAACAAAACCUCUGAGCAGUGCUAUUCAUGAUGCUGAGCCAGGUUCCAUGGAGAUACAGUAAUUUGAAGGCACACAUAUUUCCCAUGCUUAGGCCAGGUAUGGAAAAAAAAAAAAAAA